CUGAGAAGUAGAAACGAACCAGACCUUCCUGGACUCUACUGGUUUCUGUUCCUGGUCCUGGUUUCUUGUUCCUGGCAGCAUGUGGAGGUUUUUGCUCCUGUUAGUCUGGACCUGGACCUGGUCCUGGACCAGACCCGAGCUGGUCAGAAUCCCCCUGCGGCGUUCCGCCUCCAUCCGGUCCCAGCUCCGGGCCGACGGGCUCCUGGAUCAGUUCCUGAAGGAUCACCGACCCGACAACUUCAACCGCCGCUUCGCCCAGUGUUUCCCUCCGGGAACGCCGUCGCUGCGGCUCGGCCGCUCGGCGGAGCGGAUCUACAACUACAUGGAUGCCCAGUACUUCGGGGACAUCAGUCUGGGUUCUCCUCAACAGAACUUUACUGUCGUGUUUGAUACGGGAUCGUCGGACCUGUGGGUUCCAUCGUCGUACUGCAUCAGCCAGGCCUGUGCGUUCCACCGCAGGUUCAAGGCGUUCCUCUCCUCCUCGUUCCAACACGACGGUCAGACGUUUGGGAUCCACUACGGGUCAGGACACCUGCUGGGAGUGAUGGGGAGAGACACGCUACAGUUCGGGGGUCUGACGGUUCUGAACCAGGAGUUCGGGGAGUCGGUGUACGAACCCGGGUCGGCGUUUGUGACGGCCCGGUUCGACGGGGUUCUGGGUCUGGCGUACCCGUCUCUGGCCGACAUCCUGGGGAAACCCGUGUUUGACAACAUCCUGGACCAGAAGACCCUGGACCAGCCCGUGUUCUCCUUCUACCUGAGCAGGGGCACCAACACCAGCAGCCCCGAGGGAGAACUGCUGCUGGGAGGAACCGACCCGGACCGGUACCAGGAACCGAUCCACUGGCUACCGGUCACCGCUAAAGGCUACUGGCAGGUGAAGAUGGACAGGGUACUGGUUCAAGGCUCCACCUCCUUCUGUCCCAACGGUUGCCCGGCGAUCGUUGACACGGGAACUUCCCUCAUCGCUGGACCUGCUGAUGACAUCAUCAGAUUACAACAGCUGAUCGGAGCGCGACCCACGAACAUCGGAGAGUUCCACCUGGACUGCUCCAGACUGUCCAGUUUACCUACGGUGACGUUUGUUCUGGGAGGAACCGAGUUCACGCUGCCGUCCCAGCGCUACGUCAGGAAGGAAACCUACAACAACCGCCACCUCUGCAUCAGCGGGUUCCAGGCCGUCGACAUCCCGUCCCCCGACGGCCCGAUCUGGAUCCUGGGAGACGUGUUUCUGACCCAGUUCUACAGCGUCUUUGACCGGGGACAGGACCGGGUCGGCCUGGCCCGGUCCAGGGACUAGAGGACCGGGACCGGGUCGGCCUGGCCCGGUCCAGAGACUAGAGGACCGGGUCCGGGUCGGCCUGGCCCGGUCCAGAUACUAGGACCAGGACCGGGUCGGCCUGGCCCGGUCCAGAUACUAGGACCAGGACCGGGUCGGCCUGGCCCGGUCCAGAGACUAGAACCAGGACCGGGUCGGCCUGGCCCGGUCCAGAGACUAGAACCAGGACCGGGUCCGGGUCGGCCUGGCCCGGUCCAGGGGCUAGGAGGCUAGGAGGCUAGGAGGCUAGGAGGCUAGGAGGCUAGGAGGCUAGGAGGCUAGGACCAGGACCGGGUCAAAACCGGCAUUGGACUGUGACUCGGUAAAUCGGCUGAUCAAUCCAAUCAAUAAAUGUUUUCCCCCACAAAGCGCCGUGUGAUCCUUGUCCCCCAGGACCGUCUGAAGCUGAAGACGUAACGUAUAAACGUAUAAACCUGCUGGAACAUUGCACGGGUAAAAAAGGCCGUACCAUGAAGGGGAGUUUGUCAAAACAUGCCUAAUAUAAAUUAAAUUUUAAUAUUUAAACAUGCCUAAUAU